CCUUUUUUUUUAAUCAGUGAGUUCCCCUUUUCUGUUGAAGCACAGAAUCAGUUCCAAACCGGUGUCCAACCAGAGUCGACAUGGAGCGUUCAGAGAGACGACUGCACACAGCUUUCCUCUUCUUCCUGCCUCUUCUGAGCGUCAGCUGUGUCUCCCACCAGAAAACCACAGUCUCCUGGUGUGUUCAGUCAGAUGCUGAGGAGCAGAAGUGUUUGGAUUUAGCAGGAAAUGCUACAGCCAGGAACAUUAAAGGAACCCUGCUGUGCGUCCGUGGCCUCAACACCCGAGACUGUAUGGAUAAAAUCAAAAACGGGACAGCCGAUGCGGCCUCCAUGUUUGCCGAUGAUGUCUACGCAGCAGGUUUCUGCCACGGCCUGGAGCUCGCAGCAGGAGAGUCUCACAACGGAGCAGAUGGUAUCAGCUACUACGUGGUGGCGAUGGCCCGCCGCUCCUCUUCAGACCUGUCCCUGCUGGAGAUGCACGAGCGCAGCUCCUGCCACCCUGGCAUACGGACCACCGUGGGGUGGACCGUUCCCAUUGGCUACCUGGUCAACACAUCCCAAGUCAGUGUAGGAGAGCAGUGCAACUUUCCUAAAGCGGUGGGGAACUUCUUCGGUUACAGCUGCGUGCCCGGCAUUAAAGACCCCCUGCAUGACCCCAAAGGCAACAACCCAAAGAACCUGUGUGAGGCCUGCAUUGGAGAUGAGAACGACAGACACAUCUGUGCCAACAACCAGAGAGAGAGGCACUACGGAGAGGCCGGGGCACUGAGGUGUGUGGCUGAAAAUCUCGGUGAUGUUGCUUUUGUCAAACACACAACUGUCUUCAAUAACUUGGACGGUAAGAACCAGGAGUCGUGGGCCUUGGAUCUGGAGCUGGAGGACCUGAAGCUGCUGUGUCCAGAUGGAACUGAAGCAGGUCUGGACCAGUACGAGCAGUGCCACUUAGCAGCGGUCCCUGCCAAUGCCGUGGUGGUGCGCGUGGAGAACAAGUGCCGCGUCUGGAAGUUCCUGGAGCGUUUACAGAAUGUGUUUGGCAACGCCACCGAGGGCUUCAGCAUGUUCAGCUCAGCAGGCUACGGCCAAUCCGAUCUGCUCUUCAGCGAUGCCACCCACCACCUGCAGAGAGUUCUGGGUAGUUACACCUCCUGGCUGGGCCCCACUUACACCACCAUGCUGCAGGCCUUCGAGUGCGAGGGCUUCUGCUGAUGGAAGAGGGGGGAAGACAUCCAGCGCACCAACUUCCACCCGUCCUGCUGUCCCCGUUCAUGUGUUCUGCCUUCCCUCCCCGCCAUCUGGGUCCCCUCUGUCUCACCAUCACGCCCUCCUUUUCGCUUUGCUUUUAAUUUCAGUUUUCUACCCGCACCUCGCCCCUCCCCAACUUAGAACUGUCAGAACAUACUGUCUGUCUGAAAAAGGCUCAGAGUGACUAUUAAAGGGGACAUAUCAUGCUUUUAAA